GUCAGAGUACAAAAUAAUGUGUCCGGCCGAUUGGCAGAAAUUCAGCAAUUACAAGAGCAGCUUGCUGAGCUACGUCAGGAGUUCUUAAAACUAGAAGAUCAAAUCCACGAUCACAAGAAAAAUUCUACUUUCCUAGAAAAAAAACUAGAGUAUGAAAGCGUGCAGUGUGGUCAGCAGAUCAGUGAACUAAAACAGUUGUAUGAAGAGAAGCUCGGUUUGGCAGGAAAAGGUGCUCCAGUUGCAGACUUAAAGAAUCUGAAUUCACAAGCUAAUAUGCCAAGGGCAACCCACAUGCCACAACAUGAUAAAGAGAAAGUGAAACGAGAAUCUUUACCAGAUGCCCUAGAAAAGGUAUUGAAGGUACGAGGGAAAGAUGAUGUCCAAGGCAAAGACUUGAAGCAUGAUAAAAAUGAACCAGUUAAACUGGGGGAGGAUGCUGGCAUGCCUGGAAUAGAGGAUACUGAGAUUGGUAAAGCAGCUGACCCUUUUGCUUUAAAGAAACCAGCUGUUUCAGUACAUAAGGAUAGCAAGCAGUCAGAAAAGGAACGUAUUCUUACAGGCGAAGAAGAAGCUCCAGAAAAGAAACCAGAUUUCUCUUUUGGAAAAGACCAGAAAAUCCUUCAACCUUUGCAAGACAAAAAUGUGUUAAAAUCACUGAACCAACAAAACAUACAAGUAACAAACUCUGCAAAUGUCAAAGUACCGGUAAAGUUAGUGGAAAAGAAAGAGCUUAACCGUAAUGAAAAUCAAAAUAAAUUGCCCAAGGAGCCAGUGAUGCAAAUACCUUCUAAUAAUAAGGAAAAUAAUGAUCUAGUCCAGCAAAUGGAAAAAGCCUUGGAGCCUGUUAAAGAUGCUGCUCAAAAACAAGAAGUAGAUCCUCAUCCUAAGCAAAACCACUUCUUUGAUGAGAAUGAAUCCCCAGUUGAUCCGCACCAUGACUCUAAACUCGCGGAUUAUAAUGGGGAUGAUGGUAACAUGGGUGAGUAUGAGGCAGACAAGCAGGCGGAACUGGUUUACAAUGAGGAAGAUGAUGGUGAUGGUGGUGAAGAAGACGUCCAGGACGAAGAAAGAAAACCUGAGAUGAUCAAUGCAGGAGAGUAUGGAAAACAUGCACCAGAUGUUUUAUAGACUGUCAGCUGUACGCAUAUGUAUAUGAACUGUAUCAGUUUGGUGACAUUUGACACUUUAAUGACCUACAAGUCACAGUGGAAAUGGUGAUCACUGGAAGUACACCUUUCAAGAUUUAUGAUGAUCCUAAAGGCCCAGAGCUGCAUUCCAAAUAAAGUAGCAAAAACAAGAAUGUAAAUCUUCACUUGAAGUCCAAACUUGAGUUGUGCAUUUUAAGUGAUAGUCCAGAAGUGUUUGCUCUAUUAGCAGCUGUAGUUUUCCUGACGUCUCUUAAGACAGCACAUCCAUUUUAAAGUAGCAAUUUUUGCUAGUUGUGUGUGUUCUCAGCAACAUUUUUUCAAGGAAAGUAUACAACUUUUUUUAUUAUUAAUUUUUGAAAGAAAAUACUAUGUUCUGAAUUUUUAAACACUCCCUCAUAAUGUACUUUACCUGUCUUAAAAGUAAAGAAAAAACAUAUGGUACUGUAAUGCUGUUAGACGCUCAACCAUUUGUCAGUAUUCGCCCAAAUUAUGAAUCCAGUAUCUGCUGUCAGAAGGCAUCCUUGGUAGAAAGCUUUCUAAAAGAUAAACAACUGUAUUUUAAUGGCAUCAUCAUUAUUAUAGUUGUGUAUAUUUUGUAAUAUAUUAAAAACUGUACUGACUGUAGAUAGGUAAUGUCAUUUAUAUCAGAGAAGUGGCAGUAUUUACUACUAACAACUACUGCUACUUUUAAAUGGUACUAAUUAUUGGAUCUUAGAUCUGAUCACUUGUCCUCUGUAUUCUGCCCAACUGCAAGAUUCGCAGUACCAGUGUUUACUACAUCCAUGCCUGCUGUUGCCCACACAAUUGACCCUGUGCUUGCUGGGUUUCUGGGUGUAGUUGCAAGCACAAUUCAGUUCAUUCUUAGCACCCGUACUAUUUUGAACUCUUCCUAGCUGUCAUUACAGAAAAAUGUCUUUGUGCAUUGCUGAAAAAAUACAUAUAUAUGUAGGCCUUAACUAGCCAUGGGUAAUGUGGUCACUGUUAAACUCUGUUGUCUUGAGCAUUUUCACAGCAUUAUAUUUUAGUACUGUUGAUUGCUGCUUAUACCAUACAAAGUAUGACAUGUUUUUGCCACCAUCUAACUCGUCUAGAUGUAGUCAGAAGAGGAUUCAAGGAAAAAGCAUCACUCUGAAGACUGUACAUAUUUCCAGGGUGUCUGACAAGCCUGAAACAUAGAUGUUGGAUGAUGAGUUAAAAGUUAGGUAUGUCUUAUCCUGCUGUCAGAAUCUGGCAAUUUUUUCUGUAAAAUCCUGCAUUCUGAGUUGUCUGCCUGCACAUACCAGCAUACAAUAUGAUUUAACAUGCUGACUUCAUAAACACUUGCAUCCCCAGAAUCCACCUGUUCUUGGCCAUUCACACAGCUUGGAUAGUGAUCCUUGUCUGUAAAGUACUACAUUUGCAUGCCUACAUCAAUGUAUUAAGUGUGUGUGGCCAUCAAAUUGUCAGCCAAGACCAGCAUUGCAGCUGUACUGUCUCUGGGGUCAGCUACUACAAAUAGAGGUUAAGCUCUAGGACUUAAAGUUGAAAAAGGCAAGAGUUGUCAGCCUACUUUACGACCAAGAAAAUGGCUGCAGUUAACUGUUUGCCUGAUGAGUGGCACGAGGGUCCUCCGUUCAACCCUGGUAGAAGUCAAAGCAUUUCCAUAAGGAUAAACACCUUAAAGAAUAGAUUUAAAUGUGACCUUCCUCAAAGAAGAUUUGUUUAAGUCAUUGUCUUCCAAACCCUGCAGAUGGUGAUUUUGCUCUCAGCUGGUGAAGGCUCAAGUCCAAACCAGUCCUUUGUUGAGGAUGAUGAAAUUGUGAGAGAUGCAUUCCUUGAGUCCCACCCUGUAAAAUACAUUCCCAUGUUCUCUUGCACUGUCUACUCCCAAAUAAUUGACUGUAGUCCAUGGUCUACCAACCUGAUCCUGGCAAGCAUUCCCGUGAGUUAUCCUGUCACAUAUAGGUAGUAUAGAAGACCAAAGAAACUCAUCCUGGGAUAGACUCCCAGGCCCACGAGUUUGGCAGGUCCUGGCUGAAGAAAAUUCAGCAGGUAGUCCUAUGACAGGGAUUGCAACUUGGUGCCUAGACAUCAAACAAAUGUUUGUUGUUUUACUGGGAGCUUGAGUUAGAGGGGCACACCAUUUAGGUAUGAAGUCUGAAACUUGUCACUUCCCAGAUACACUUCCUUUGAAUAAGAUGUGGUCGAGAACUGGUUUCUAUUCACCCUGCUUGUUAGUUGCCUGCUUAUCUUUUUGUGAGACUGCAUUUGAGCUUACUCCAGUAGGUAGUAUGGGGAAGUGUGGUACCUCCUGCCACUCUGUUUCCUAUGAUGAUUUGAAGGAUCCUGAAUUGUUAAGGAAGAAACUAGAGGAGUUCCGUGUUAUACCUUCCAGGAACCGGUCUUUCUUUGUCAUCAAGGCAGCUUAGAGGCAUUUAUAUUCUAGUCUUUCAAGUCAGUACCCUCUCCAAGCCAUUGACUAAGUGAGCAAAGCAGCUAGGUAUCUGCGUGAGUUCUGUGCUCCAACAUCGGUACUGGAGACCACAGCAUUUUGCCACCUUGACACCUAACAGAGAGUCUAUAGCUUUGGACAGAUAUGACAAGAAGGUGUGUGUGUGCAUGUAUGUGUACAUACUCCUGUAAAAUGUAGGUGCUUAAGAUCCUCCACUAUUCGUUUCACUUUUCCCAGUUCCAGUCUUACCUGUUUGGGAGGCUGUGGAUAGGCUGAAGGACCUCCUUCAAUUUGAUUUCAAGGAAGAUUUUUAUGAGCCUGUGUACAUCUUUGACAUUAUACAAUCAUGCAUCUCAUUGUAAUUUUGACUGUUAUGUUUUGACUAGGGCUGCAAACUCAAAUGUGUGCCAAUGCAGGAUAGCAUGGUUAUUGUUGUCCUCUUUGAAGAUGGAACUGUGGAACAAACACUGGGAUAUUAUUUUUUAGGAGGGCAUAUCUCUUUGUCCAGCUUCACCGAUCUCUGUUGAGAGAGAUCUUUAUUUGGUUAGAGUUGGACUGACUUCCUUCUCAGUUCUUAGCUCUUGGAAUGAGCUAAGGAAGUCAUGACUUUGGCUAACUGGAUGAUGGUCAAACAUGUGGUCCAGGUUGAGGUGACGUCCGUGAUCUUUUUGUUGCUAUUUGCAUGCCUGAAGUUUUGGAUUCUGCAGUGGACUGUGCAGAGUUUAUGCCUUCUGAGCCACCACACACUCAUGGAUUGUCACAAGGCCCUGGAAUGAACGAUUUCCACCUUCCUUCUGGAGUUAUUACCUUUUUGCAGCAGAAUGAGUCACACAUUUUGGUGAUGGAAGCUUUACUUGCAAGCUGGAGAACUCAACUAUGCUGCUGAUCCUUCCUGCAGUAAAUGCCUUGGAUAAGAAACUGCUCCUGAGGACUGUCUCUGUCUUGUCACAGUUUGUCAUGAGGUUACAAAGUCAUAUAUCCUGUACAGGUAGACAUUUCUUUUCUGGUUAGGUCCAAGCAAUAUCAUUCUCCCAGCUGUUUAGUUCCCAAGAGAUUGAGUAAGCUGGCAGACACAGUUGUCAGUCCUCUAGUCAUCUUCUGAAGUUGUAAAUUUUAGGUAAUGGUUCUGAUCAGGAUCUUCUAUCCAGAGACAGACAUAUUUGGCACAAGCUACUUUCCCUUUUUUUGAUUGUUGCAAAAGGUCAGGGAAUGAUGUUUCUGCAAAAUUUCCUAUUGAUUUCACCCCUUAUCUGAAAGUUUUAGGAAGAAAAAAAAAAAAAAGAGUUCACCCUCCUGUAAUGAGCAUUGAACUUGGUGGAAUUAAAGUUCAUUAAAUUUUCAAUUUUCUUGGUAGCCUUCAUUUGUGCAUUUAGGAUUCUAGAGCUUCAAUCCCUUGUUUAAUCUCCAUGUUUCCUUUGUGGUGACAGCAACCCAGGGAGAAAACGCAUCUUGGAUGUGCUCUUGUGGUACCAGAACCAUAUGCAUUAGUUUGGGAAGACACACCAAUUGUUCAUGUCCUUCUAUUCUGAAAGGGAAAGGAUAGUGGUUGCCAAGCAGAGACUUUCAAGUGGAUUGUCAACUGCAGUAUUUUUCUUGUCAGGUGGCUAAUCACCCACUGACACAUGCUGUAGUCAUAGCUCAUUCCAUUAGAGGAGUGGUUGCCUCUAGUGUAUGCUUCAAGGAUAUUUGCUUUAUAGACACCUGUGCUAUGACCAUUUGGUGUUCAGUGCACAUCUCUGCUGAGAAUUAUUGUCUUAACCUUGGCUUGGGGAGCCAUGUUGCAUUUGGGAAGUCAUUACUCUAGGACUCUGCUAUCAUGGUCCUGUACUUUUCCAUUUCUUCAGCUAUUUUUGUCAUGUGGGUAGCUCGUAGUGCUUCAUCCCAAUCAAGGAUCCGUCAAAAAUAGUCUCUGAAGUUUGAUGUAUUCAGUAUGUUGUACUGUGUCAGUCAAUGAGAGGAACGUCCUUGUUUGAUCAGAAAUACUGUCCUUCUAUGAACAAAUGGCUAUUGCACCAGCUGCACCUGUGGGAAUUCUUUGUAAGUCAGGCAAGUACAUUUUUAUAUUAAAGGUGUACUUAUUUAAGUGUGAAACCUUAAUUAUUUCUUGAUUUGCAGGAAAGUACUUGUUAGUGGGAUGGAGACGUUCACUUAAGUAGUCAUGUUAUGUUUUGAUAUGUAUCGUGUGAUGUGUGGUAUCCCCAUACCUGUGAUUUAACAGAAAACAGUGCUGAAUUCUGAUUGUUAAAUAUCUAUUUCUAACCCAAAACCCAUCAAGGAGUGGAUCCUUUCGUAGAUUAUCUGGUACAGUAAUAACAUACCUAAUUAUUUCAGGCUUAAAGCCCCUUGGUUGGUCUACUUGAAUUCAGUAAAAAUGAGUUGGUUGAGUACCAACUCAGUAAAAUCAAUUCUGCAAAAAAUAAUCAGUUGCAAUACAUCAAAAGCAGCAGUCUUAAAGGUGGACAGUUUACAGACCACAGUUGGCAAAAGAAGCCAAUAAUAAAUUUAAUUUUGUUAAUGCUAAUGUUGCAGUCCCCGAGAUGAUGUAAUUAAGAGAUUGUGGGUGACUGAAAUUCCCGUUAUGAGGGUUGCAUGGUGCUUAGUCCUAUAGAAAUGCUUUUGGACACUAUAUUUUUCCUUUUGGUCUGUAGUUUAAAACUCACUUAUAGGUGAGUGCAUUUUUAUGGAAAUGGAUUCAUCAAGUUGGCACUUGUCAAACUGAGUUUCAUGGAAUAGAAAUAGUCCACCAUCACCCUGGCCUUAGAUAUUUUCAGUGUUUUAAGAAUGCAGCAGCCCUUGCCUUCUCAUCACUAACUGUCCUGAUUACUAUCAUAGUUGUUCUUCUGGGAUGUUGAACAGUCUCCUGCCUCACAAGAGUACAAGGAAAAUGACACUUCCCUGCUUCCCCACACCAUCCUUGAGAGUAAGCCUUGGUGGUAUUUGUUGAGCUACACACUUGACCUGUAGUAGUUGUGGACAUUUCUUGCUUAUGGUGUUAUCUGAGCCAUUUCUCUACUGUUAAAGUAGGACCAGAUCCCAGUGCCAAGGAGCCCCUCCCAUAGUGAUGGUAUACUGUUGAUCAAAUGAUUUUCAUUAUAACAACCAUUGCAGUAAGAAUUCAUAUUAAUGAGAGACAACUUUAGGGAAAUAUUCCUCCAGACUGAUCAUUUUGUAAAGUCAGAUGUUAUAGUGGUGGGUGGCUGCAGUCUUUUAUCAUGACCUUUGGGAGGUAGCCCAGUUAUAAGAGAGUGCACCAUGCAUCCUACCAUUUUUUUUCACCUAAAGUAGGUGGUCUUUUUUUUUUACAACACAAAUUUUGUGUACAGACUGUUCUUCACAUCGUCUUUUAAUAGCGAUUCCUAAAAUGAUGUUUUCGGAGAACUUAAGUUUUCUUGCAGCCAUCAGAGUCCUCUUUAAAAUUCCCAUCUUCAUUGUGUCUUCUUUUUAAGAGAGAGUCAUGAUGCUGGCAGUUGUGAGCACUAUGCUACCUUUAAUGAAAUUUGUACUGAGAACUAGGAAUGUGCAGUCUUUUCUUUACCUCCAGAGUUUAGUAGCUCAUUUUCUUCUCCAGUUAGUCAGUCAGAUGAAUUUAGGUAUGCAUUAAACAUCUGUCUCAAAAGUCUUACAGAUGCAAAGGAGUUUGUGGAGUCUUCUGGGGAAAAGUAGGUAAGAAGCAAAAAGUCAUAGGAUCUUCUGUGGGAGACAUUCAAGGACAGAUGCCACUAACUUCAGGGGGCUAACAUGGUUAUACCACGAUUGUUGUUCCUCUUCUACUGCUGGUAUCAAGAUUCAGUUUCUCGGCCUCUACUUUCCUAGCAGAUCACUGUUUCAACAGUGGGUUCCAGAAGAGGAUGUAGCAUUUGAAUUGGCUGCUUUAUAUCCUGGUAUGGUAUUACUCUUUGUUCCUUAUCACCUGAUGGAGGAUUAAAAUAGUGCAUCCCCAAAGAGCAGUUAUCUCAGGAAUGUUUCACUUUUUCACUGGGUAAUUUCCCAUCUAGAGUGGCUGAGACAUCCUGGAACUGGGCACUAAUAAAGCAGAUAUCAAUUUCUUUGCUGACUUUAUUUCAUAGGCGGUGGCUGUCCAAGAGCCAGACAGCCUGCAUUGAGGUAUCUGAGAAUCAAACAGUGAUUUCUAAAUACAUACAAAUUUCUUGUUUUUGAAUGUAAACGGUCUGUACAGUACCACUGUUCACCAGGCAACACAAGCUUUAAUAUUUCCAAAGUCACCAAUUUUUGGAACUCCUGCACUAGAACGAGAGUGCCACACCCCUCCAUCGCCAUGUCCAGAGAAGAAGACCUCAACAUAAACUGACCAGACUGGGUCCACCAUUGGACUAGACACUAUUUCUGGGGUUGAGAAUACUCGCCUUGUUCUCUUCCAAAAGACCUGUCAUUUGGAGGUGCCUUGAACCUGAUGAAGGAUCAUUUUAACUGGACCACAAAAAAAAUAUCACCAGUUAAAUAUCACUAGGGGGACUUGUUUUGCACCAUAAGCAGUGUGGGGGUUGGGGGGCAGAGGUACCCAGCAAUAAAAGUGUGCAAGAUGUAUCCUAUUCUGUUUCUUUUCUGCUGCUUCUGUUAGAACUAUGUCAACAGCAAAUAGAUUGGCUGCAGCUACGUGGUCUACAGUCUAUACCUUCAUUUAACAUGUCUGGACCCUCAAUUGAGAAUUUGUGCACCUCUUGUCUUCAUGGCCUCCUUUGCAUGAUUGUUUUGGGUUUCAGCUUCCUUCUAGAUUUUUCAGAGCCUUAUUUCAUAAUUUCUCCCAUUGGUUGGACCCAGAUUAUAAGUGAGUUUAUAACUACUGAUGUAUACCUGUCAUUUCUGAACAUCUUGGAGACGAAUGUCUUGAAUGGGUCCUCUGUCUCCCUCUCUCUGCCCCUCUUCUAGUCUGGUUAAGCUUAGGAAAUUAAACUUCUGUAUCUAAGUUUUGGUUGGAUUCCCAGGUUGUGGGAAGUUUGUGAUUUAGUAAGUCUCCCAAAUUGGUAUAAUUUUUGCAAGAAUGUGUUAUGAAGAAGAGUCAGAAGUGGAUAUUGUGAUAAGUGUAGUCCUUAAGGAUCCAUGAUGAAUUGACAAAAGCAGUGAGUGGCCAGAACCACAGAAAGACACAAAAACAUGCCUCCAUAUUUAAACAUACUAACUCUAUGACUGCACACCCACCAGAGAAACUACAAACUUCAUGACAGCAAAAAUCAUGUUUCCCAUCCCACUGUGUAAUAUUCAGCUGCUAAAAAACAGAUAUUUCAGCCAAGUCUGCACUUCACAACCUAAAGUUAUGCCAAAUGUCCUGCUGCUCCAGUCUCCAUCAACAUACUAUUAAAAAAAAGUGAUGCUAUAGGCAUCAAAUGUGUCAAACAGAAGAAAAGAGUAGAAUAGUGGUGCAGUCUUGCUUCCUUCAGCUUCCGCCUAAAUGUGUGUAACUCUGAGCAAGUCACUUACCAGACGCCACACCCAAGUGUGAAAAAGGUCCAUGAAAAUCAGUGCUCUAUAAAUAAAUAGAAAUUGUUUUCUAUAAAGGAAAUUGUGUGUGUAGUCUGAUAUUACAGAUUUGACAAACAUGGAUGCAACAAAAUCUCCUGUUCACACUCCUUAUUCCAAGUGCAGGGGCUGCUACAUGGACCAAGGGCAGCAGAGCUGUCAUGAAUGCUGGAGUUUAUAAUUUCGCAAAUGGACAUUAUAAAAAGGACAAAACAUGAGACAGGAAUUAAACUUUUUCAAGAUAAUCAGAUAUGAUCAGUACAUACAUUACAACUUUUUUUGCAGUUUACAUCACAAAAAAAUACAUGAUUUUUAAGUAUUUCUUCGAUUUUAUAUGUAGACUGAAAAGCAGAUUCUUGCUACAUGUAACAGCAUAAUGUGGCCUAAUAUAAGUAUAUCUGAAAGUAAUUAAGAUGUAUGUGUCUAGGGAUGAAGAGUAUCACAAAAUGUUUAAUUUACUUGGUUAUUAAAGGCAGUAGUUGAUGGGUGAA